GCUCGCCGGUUCCGCGAGGGCUCCCCCUGGGAAAUGUAGUUCCGGUCUCGCGCGAGGCUGCUGGGAGAUGUAGGCUCCCUCGGGUCUGGGUGUAACGUAUCGAGGAUAAUAAUUUAUUGACUGGUCCGAGGCAGAAGUCCAAGUGUUCAGAGAACAGGCCUCCGCUGUCCCCUGCCCCGGCUGCCGGAGUCAUGUUCUCCUCAGGUCAAAGGCCAGGUCUAAGGUGAUGCUGACGAGCCCCUGGUCACUUAGCUCGCCCCCAGUGAGGGAGAUCCCGAGGAAGGCGGGCACCCACCCAAAAGUACUCGGAGAAAAAGUGGCCGAGUCGGGCGCCCGGCCACCUGCUCAGCCCGCAGCAGCACGUGGCCGGCUUCCGGAAGCCGCCUUGCGGAAGCCGCCUUGAUGCCGGAUCGGACAAGCGGGCGCAUGAUGCUCAAGCGCCGGAAAGGGACCCUUCCGCCUCCUUGGCGGCGUGAACCCUCUAGAGCCCCAAGUCCGGCCUUCGGGGAGGCGAGAUGAGCGGGAAGGGAGCCCGGGUGAAUCGGGAACAACGGGAUCCGCGCCUGGUCCAGCGAGGAAAGAGCAAGAGUCCGGCUUGUUUAAAUACCUAAAGAACACGCGCGCUUAAAGAGAAAAGGCUCAGGAGCAGAGUGCAGACGUGGGGGAGUUAUCAGUUAGUGAAUAAAGUCAGUCCCUUCAGCAGCUCUCCCAAAAGUGUCAGUGAGAGUUUCCGCUGUGUAGCCGCAGCUCCAAUGGCAAGCGCGGUACGGGGGCGGAAUCACUGCGUCAGAAACCGAACUGGCCACGGCCGGUCAGCGUUAGGUGGGAGACAAGUUUGCCUGUGGACUGGCUGGGCGGGAUGCAAGUCUGUGACAGUUAGUCAGCACUUCCCACGUGAUAGUGUUUUCCAAGGUGCUCCGAGUCCAUCAUCUCCCAACCUCCCAGAGCUCGCGAGGUAGCUGGGCCGGCUGGUCACCGACUCUAGUUGUAUGGUGUCAUGUAGCUCGCUCAGCCUCUCUGGGCUGAGUUUCUUCAGUUGAGGUGCUGUUGGACUUUAUGACCCAGGCAUUUGGAGAGUCGCACUGGCUCCUACAUUCUGCGGGCUCUGGCCCGGCUCCGGCUGUGCCUACCCAGAAGCCCCCCAGCUAGCCGUCAAGGAUCCUCUCUCUGGGUUGGGGGGCUACUCCUGGGUCCUAUGAUAUGGAGCAAGGGCUGCCACUUCUAUCUUGUGGGGCGGUGUGAGGUGGAGGAGCUGCCCCUUGUGGAAUGCAAGUCCCAACCAGAGGAGCCCUGCUUCAACUGGUCUGUCUUCUGGUGCUUUCUGCGACCCCACUUGCUGGCCCUGGGGACAGCCAUUGUGCUAGCAUUGGGAUCUGCCUUGGUGAAUGUGCAAAUUCCCCUGCUCCUGGGCCAGUUUGUGGAGAUUGUGGGGAAAUACACCCACGAUCAUUUGGGGAACUUCAUGAUGGAGGCCCGAAGCCUUGGUCUUCAUCUACUCACCCUCUACACUGUCCAGGGGGUGCUGACCUUUGGCUACCUGGUACUGUUGUCAAGACUUGGGGAGCGCAUAGCCAAAGAUAUUCGGCAACAACUGUUUGGCUGCCUGCUUCGACAGGACAUUGGCUUCUUUGACACCAAAAAGACAGGGCAGCUGGUGGCACGACUAACAGCUGAUGUGCAAGAAUUCAAGUCGUCCUUCAAACUUGUCAUCUCUCAGGGCCUCCGCAGCUGUACCCAGAUGGCUGGCUGCCUGGUGUCCCUGAGCGUGCUGUCCCCACGUCUCACGGUUAUAUUGUUGAUGGUCACGCCUGCCCUGGUUGGGGCGGGUUCCCUGCUGGGCGCCCUCCUCCGCAAGCUCUCUCGACAGGCUCAGGAGCAGAUCUCUAAGGCAACAGGUGUGGCAGAUGAGGCCCUGGGCAACGUGCGGACCGUGAGAGCCUUUGCCAUGGAGCCACAGGAGGAACAGCACUAUGGAGAGGAGCUGGAGAAGUCGUGUGAGCUGUCCGAGAAACUGGGCAGAGGCAUCGCCAUCUUCCAGGGGCUCUCCAACAUCGCUCUCAACUGCAUGGUUCUAGGCACGCUGUUCAUAGGAGGCACCCUGGUGGCGGGACAAGAGCUGUCAGGCGGGGACCUCAUGUCUUUCCUGGUGGCGUCCCAGACCGUGCAGAGAUCCAUGGCCAACCUCUCUGUUCUGUUUGGUCAGGUGGUUCGAGGGCUUAGUGCUGGGGCCCGGGUCUUUGAGUAUAUGGCUGUGAUCCCCGACAUUCCACUGCAAGGGGGCCACUGCAUUCCACACACUGAGCUCCAAGGCGCUGUCAGUUUUCACAAUGUCUGCUUCAGCUAUCCCAGCCGGCCAGGUUUCCCAGUACUCAAGAACUUCAAUCUGAGAUUGCCUCCUGGAAAGAUAGUGGCCCUGGUGGGACUGUCUGGGGGAGGAAAGUCUACAGUGGCUGCCCUGCUUGAACGGUUCUAUGACCCCACCGAAGGAACGGUGUGCUUGGAUGGGCAGGAUCUUCGAAACCUGGACCCCUCUUGGCUCCGGGGUGAAGUCAUUGGCUUCAUAAGCCAGGAGCCUGUCCUUUUUGGCACAACCAUCAUGGAGAACAUCCGCCUAGGAAAGCUAGAUGCCUCUGAUGAAGAAGUCUAUGCAGCUGCCCAGGAGGCUAAUGCCCAUAAUUUCAUUUGCAGUUUCCCCGAGGGCUAUGACACCGUUGUGGGCGAGCGAGGCGUCACCCUCUCAGGGGGCCAGAAGCAGCGUUUGGCCAUUGCCCGGGCUCUCAUCAAGCAGCCCAAAGUGCUGAUCCUGGACGAGGCCACGAGUGCGCUGGAUGGGGAAUCGGAGCGAGUCGUUCAGGAGGCCCUGGACCGGGCCAGCUCCGGCCGCACCGUGCUGGUCAUCGCCCACCGCCUCAGCACAGUCCGGGCGGCCCACCAGAUCGUCGUGAUGUCUAAAGGCUGUAUCAAGGAGAUUGGAACCCACUCGGAGCUCAUGAGGAGAGGUGGGCUGUACGCAGAGCUCGUCAGGAGUCAGACCUUAAUGCCGCCAGGCUAUAAAAACUACAACCCCAGGUUCUGAAAAUUGGCCUCUUGGGGGUCCACCUGACCCAGGAGCCUGAACACUCCCAAGGUUCCAGAACUCAGAGCAGAGUUCAAAGUGGUGACGAAACCCCAGAAAAGGAGUAAUAGGAAAAGGGGACUGUCAGCAGGGGCGGAGGGAGUACAGAAUGCUACUGUUAUGGCUGUACUCAAAAUAAACCCUGGGCUGGAGCCAGCUGGAGGGUUGGAAAGGAGCUAGGGCCCAGCCUCCUUCUUCUUAGCCAGGCAUCCUCCCUUCCCCCCAUCCGACCCAAAGGAGCACUAUUGGCAUGAGAUGGGGUCAUUGUGGCACCCCAUUAUCCUGCCCCUUCUUCCCUGCCUUCCCUCUUAGCACCUUCUGUCCUCCAUGUUCUCCUGCCUACUUCCCUUUGUUCCCCUCUUCUCCAUUCCCAGCUACUUUCGUGAGUAUCUUGCUGCUCUUCUAACUCAAAGUGUCCAUGCCCGAAGUCUUGGGGAGUUUCUGCAAUUUGUUGAGUUCCAUUGGCUGUCCUUUCUCCCACCUUUACCUCCUCCAUAGCCCGUAUUGUGGGAGAAAAGGGAUCUAGUCCUAUAAUUUCUCUCCAAUUUGCCUCUGACCACUACCUUACAUGCCCCCUACUAAAGAACACUUGGCAGGGCAGAGGGCAGUCUUGUUCGUACCAGCUGGGCCUUCCUCCACUGUCCCAUCCUAAGUUUCCUGAAGAGGCCUCAGAAAGCCUAGAGGGCCAGCAUGCAUUCCAGUAAUUUAAAACCAGUAUGGGGACAGCUAGGUGGCACAGUGGAUAGAGCACUGGUCCUGAUGUCAGGGGGACCCAGCUUCAAAUUUAACUAACCAUGUGAUUCCGGGCAAGUCACCUGACAUCAGUUGCCCCUCCAAAAAAUCAGCAUAAUUUUUCCUUCCUUGAAAUCAUCCCUACCUCCUGUAUUCAUUUUACCCUUUAACAGUUCUGACCCCAAGUCUGUGCCCAUUUUUAUCAACCAAUGGCACCUUCAGCUAAACGCCCAGCAUCCAGAAAGUCUGUUGGAGGAUCCCUUUACCUUCUUCACUCCAAGCAGAACCCUUUUUACCUCCCUUCUACCAACAAUCCCUUUCAUCACCAAUUAUUGGAUACUUAUUCAAUACCAGAAGCUGUGUUGAUAAUUCUGGGCCCUCACAAAAGAAUGAGAGAGGCCCUCCCAUAAAGAAACUCACUGCAAGAUGAGGGACAAAAGGACAACUAGCAACACAAGGUUCUGCCUCGUUAGGCUGGAGUGGCCCCCAUAGGGAUUCAGGCGAGGGAGAAAGGAUGUUCUGGACCUGGAGGACUCAAGGAAGUACAUAUGAAGAAAGUGGGAUGGUUGAGGUAGAUUUAGAUGCAAGAGGCCAGGUAUUAUAGCCUAGGGGAAUAGUGCAUUAGGGAGACAGAAGAUCCGUCUGCCCACAGUGGAGGCUUUUACACAUGGCAACAAUAGGAAUGUGCAGGUGAUAGGUGUAAGCUAAGGAUUCCUUUUCCCAACCCACACACGUCUAUGGCCCCCACUCCAAACCAAGUUUACUGGGUGGCCCCCAAGACUAGCAGACCUUCAUCUAAGUCUCCUCAGCACCCAGGUGCCCUUUACAUCAUCAGAUUGCAUAGCUGUGAGACUCGGGAGGAUCUGGCUGGUCCCCCAGCACACUUCUGCCAUCCUCCAUGUUGGCAGGUGGUGCAACAGUGCUUGUUAGCCAAGUGGACGUGGUUAAAAAUUAGUAACGCUUUUAGCCGUACACAUCUACAAAGGUGCCUCUUCCACAAGCUUCAAGUCACCGAGCCACUUCAGACCCUUGUUUCUGCAGAGUCUGCUCUGGAGGCACCCUGCACCCGCAGAGCCGCCACUAGGCUUUUGUGAUGGGUUCUCCACUGGGCCCAUGAUCCUCCACUCAUGUUCAGGAAACCCUUAAAGUGGUUAUGUCCUUUUUGUUGGAUCGCCCUGGCCUUGUGCCCUGCCUCAGGCCCUCUUUUCUAGGGCUUGAUUUUGGUAAGGACAAUGUUCCCUUGAAAUACUGUAGUCUUUUGUCUUUUACAUGGACACAUAUAUGCAUAUAUUUUUACAUAUAUGUACACGUCUUUUACAUAACCUGUAAUUUUUAAUAAAAAGUGGAAAAAUAAUCAGGAAAACUAAACACAGCCUUUUAAGUGAGCUUCAUAAUCACUCAAAAAGAGUUCAUUGUAAGUUCAUUAAAAGAUUUUGCAUAAUUGCAUGCACAACAUUGAGCUUGUUCAUUAGGAUACCCUAAACACACUGUAAGAAUGAUAAACUAGGUUUAGAAUUAAGCAGGAAGAAUAAUAAGUGAGGCUAUCUUUGGGAAAAUCUGAAGUGUUUGUAAUGACCCCCCCAGUCUUGAAACAAAAGCCCAUUAAAAAAAUUUUUAAACAUGAUAGCAAUACAUAGAAUGAAAUUUUUAAGUUGGAGGUUCCUUAUUCAACUGAAAUCGGUGGGCUUGAGUAAGCUACACCUUAUCAACCACAGAUUAUUAUGAAAGUGUACAAAUGACAUCAGAAAGGUCUCUGAAAAGAAAGAUGGACUGACUGUAUUCAGAUUCAGAUUUAGAGACAACUUUUGUGUUCUACUGAUAGUUCCAUUGACAAAACCAUAGGAAAACAGUGAGCAUGCUAAGUGGACCUCUAGCCUGUCACCAUCUACAGGUGGUAGUUUCUCCAAUGAUAAGAGCCAAAAGAUCUAUCAAGUAUCCUGCUUUGUCAGGAGCAUCUCUGAAAAAUUGGAUCGGAGUUACUAAAUCACCCAGCUAACAUUCAGUGAGUAUACUAGGUAUUGUGGGGGGAUUUAAAAGUUCAGUAUAAACCCAUGUCCACCUCACAUCAACAGUUGGAGACAGACAAGAUUAAUAUAUAGGGAACAAGUACUAAAUUGUGACCAAGUUGAGGGGAGGAGGGAGUGUAAUUACAGAAGGCAUCUUUAAUAAAGUCAGGACAGAAUAGAGUUUGAAGGAUGGACAAGAAUUAGUUGAAGAGAGUUUCUUUUUUCCCUUCCUGAGCCAAUUGGGGUUAAGUGACUUGCCCAGGGUCACACAGCUAGGAAGUGUUAAAUGUCUGAGGCCAGAUUUGAACUCGGGUUCUGACUUCAGGGCUGGUGCUCUAUCCACCUAGCUGCCUCUCAGAAGAGACAUUUCUUAAUAGGGAAAAUAAUCCUGCAUUAAGGCAGGACUCGGUACAGAAGCUGAAGAGUUCUGGUUGCUGCAGUGUUCAGCUUCUGCCUGACUUGGGGCCCAGACAGGUCCUAGGGCCAGGGAGCCACAUCACUCCCAGUCAGAUGAUGGGACACUCUCCAAACCAAAGAUCAUCAGCCUCCUGCCCUCCUAGGUGCUCAGCCAGGCCCAAAAUCAUUGACCGAUCUCUCCCUAGGCCUUGAGAGAGCUGGUUCUAUGCUGGCAACCUUUAUCUUACUGGCUUUGCGACCACGAUUUGGUCCCUGCCCUUAAAAUGGGAGGCUUCUACAAAUGAUUCUUGAGGUCUCAACUUCACAAUGUGUAAUCCUUUGUGUUCCUAUCAUUUAAAAUGGGAAAAUAAAGAUGUCUUCAUGGCGGGGGGAGGGGGGGGAAGGGGGGCAGCAUAAGGAAAAGUACAAGCCUGGCAUAGAGAUCUUUAGGAAAGGGCAAUGAGGAGGAAGAAGAGGACUUGAAACUAAAUACAUAGUGGGUGGGAAGGACCAGAAGAGUCCGAAAGCCAUGCAGAGGGGAGGAUGGGAUGCAGCUAUAAGGAAAGCUCAGCUUGCCAGCAGAUUAAUCUGAAGCUCAGGAGAUGCUGCAGCCAGGGGCUGAGGCAGUAAGAAUCUGGAUAAGGACAAGAGCAGAAUGGGAGGAGAGGAAGGGAUGGGUGCAAGAGACGUUACCCAGUGAUGCCUGAUGAUAGAAGAUACAAGCAACCAACCCCACACACUGCAAAGCAAAUUAAAGGUUGGCCAUAGUUCGUUUUUCCUCUGAUUUCAAUGUUAGUUUUUUUGACCUCCUCACUGAUCUGCAGAGCCAUAUGUGCACGAAUAGCAGAAUUCUGAGAUGGCUUUGGGCUGGGCUGCUACAAAAGUAUUUUGGUUCUUUUUGAGACCAAGGUGUGUCCUCUAAACAUCUUGGGCCUGUUAGUGAUCUUAAUGGUACACGAGAAAUGUCUCGUGUGAUAUACACAAGAUACGUGUAUCUCGAAAUACAUGAUAUAGGGAAGAACACUGGACUAGGAAUUUAGAGGCCCUCAAAGCUGCAGAUCUGGCCCUGAGUAAUAAUGUGAUUUUGGACAACAAUAACUGAUAUUUACAUAACACUUUAAAGUUUGCAAAGCAUUUACUUACAUGAUUUUAUCUGAAGCGGGAACUAUUAUUCUCAACUCAAAAUUUGCCUGUGGUCAUCCAACAUAUCUCUGUAGCCUCUCGGCAAGUCACUUCCUCUAAAUUAGCUUCCUCACCUUUUUUUCUAAAAGGUGAGGUUGGGUCAGAAGGUCUUUAAGGUUCCUUUCUAGAUUUUAACAGUCUAGGAAUCUGGGAAACCUGUUAAACUGACUAGAAUUGUCUUUUUACCAUCUUUUUACCUUCUCCUUUUUUCCUCUUUGAGUCUCCUUGAUUAUAAUUGUGAUUGUUCCAAGAAUGCAGCUGUCAGCAGCUCCUCGAUUUCCAGCUUCAGCAAUGAGGUUUUCAGUCUAUGAGCUAUGAACUGGACAUUUUCCAGCAGAUAGAAGUGUAUUUUGACACUAGAUUGCUUCUAGGUCUCUUGUUGCAUCCUCCAGUGGGAUUGAGUGGAAUAGAUUUAAUUAGGUUGGAUCUGUUACAAAGUCUUGCUUGUCACUCCAUUUCAUCAGUGAAGCCAGUAUGAAUCAAUAGAAAAAGCUACUUUUUCCCUGCCACUAAUUUGCUUUUGUCAAAUCACUGAAAGUCUCUAAGCCUUGCUUUUUCCUAGAUGUUAAAUGGGUUAGCAAGAACCUUCCUCACAAAAUUGUUAUGAAAAUCAGUCAAACCUUAAUUAAGCACCUAUUAGUGUCAAGCCAUGGGGCUACAGAGCAAAAAUCAAAUGGUCCCAUUUAAUAAAAGUCAAAGUCCCUUAGAAAAAAAAUCCCGCACAAGUAAUCUUUAGUGGUAGGUUUGAAAAUCAUUGUGAAUUAGCCUUGACUCCUCAAAGCUGCCAGCCUUACUCAAGGUAGACUCAAGAUUUGCCAUUAGAAAGAAAUAGCAUUCUGAAGAAGCAAAAAAAAAAAAAAUUUAUCACCCUUUCCCUACAACAGAACCUG